CCAGUUUGCCAGCCAGGGGCCCGUGUCAGUGUGGAAAUGCAUCCCAGCUCUGCAAGGGCUCACUGCCAUGGGCUAACUGUAGGAAUGAGUGGAACACGGUGGAAUGUAAGGACAAAGACAUGCUGCUGUUAGACACGUGCAUCCUGCGGGACAGAAACAUCACCUCCAUCAAGAACUCCACUUUCUGUCUGUCUGCAAACGCCGUGGGAAACCUGAGUAAACUGAUAAACAUGACUGUGGACAGCAACAAGACCUACGUCAGCCCCAGUGAGGAGUACUUCAAGUACAAUGUGUUGCACAUCUCUAAAGGAAUCGAGUAUCCAGGAGACAUCCGCUGGCCUCUGGCAGGCUGUCUGUGUCUGGCCUGGAUCAUUGUCUACGCCUCUUUAGCCAAAGGAAUCAAGUCAUCAGGAAAGGUGGUGUAUUUCACAGCCACUUUCCCCUACGUGGUGCUGGUCAUCCUGCUGAUCAGAGGAGUGACCCUCCCUGGUGCCUUCGACGGCAUCCUCUACUUUAUCACACCAAAGUGGGAGAAACUGAAUGAUGCAAAGGUGUGGAAAGACGCAGCCACUCAGAUCUUCUUCUCCCUGUCAGCUGCUUGGGGAGGCCUCAUCACUCUCUCUUCCUACAAUAAGUUCCACAAUAACUGCUACAGGGAUACGAUUAUUGUGACAUGCACAAACAGUGCCACCAGUAUAUUUGCUGGGUUUGUCAUCUUCUCGGUCAUUGGUUUCAUGGCACAUGAGUUGAAAGUGCCGAUAGAGAAGGUGGCAGAUGAAGGUCCAGGCAUAGCGUUCGUGGUGUAUCCAGAGGCUCUGACCAGACUUCCCCUGUCUCCUUUCUGGGCGAUCAUCUUCUUCCUCAUGCUCCUGACUCUUGGCCUGGAUACCAUGUUUGCAACCAUCGAGACCAUCGUAACCUCUGUCUCAGACGAGUUCCCCAAAUACUUGAGGAAACACAAACCGCUCUUCACCCUGGUCUGCUGCGCUUGCUUCUUCAUCCUGGGGUUCCCCAUGAUCACAGAGAGCGGCAUGUUCAUGCUGCAGUUGGUGGACACGUUCGCAGCGUCCUACUCUCUGGUCAUCAUUGCGAUCUGUGAGCUGAUGGGGAUUUCCUACCUUUAUGGUCUGGAGAGGUUUUGCGAGGACAUUGAAAUGAUGAUUGGUUUCAAACCAAACCGAUUCUGGAGAGUCUGCUGGGCCUUUGUGACUCCAACCAUUCUGACGGGCAUCCUGGGACUGAGUCUGUAUCAGUGGAAGGUGAUGACGUACGAGGACUACACCUACCCCACCUGGUCCAUGGUUAUGGGCUGGCUCAUGGUCAUCUGCUCCGUCAUCUGGAUCCCCAUCAUGUUCUUCAUUAAGAUGCACCUCGCCCCCGGCAGCUUCAUCGAGCGUGUAAAGCUGGUGUGCGCCCCUCAGCCCGACUGGGGUCCCUUCCUGAUGAAGCAUCGUGGAGAACGCUACAAGAACAUGAUCGACCCUCUCGGAACCAACUCACUGGGCCUCAAACUGCCCCCCAAGGACUUCCAGCUCGGCUCCUACCAGUAGCAGCUGCUGUGUCGGCACCCAGCACCCUCCAACCCCUGCAGGGGGCACCAGGAGGAGGGCAACCUCCACUUCUCCCUCUUCCUGUCUCUCUCUCUCCUCUACGUACUUCACCCCUCUUUGCUUCCUGUCUUCCCCCCUGUAUCGUGGAUGUGGAAACAGGCUCCCUGUCCUCUUCUUUCCCCUCUUCCUUCCUCUCUUCUCUCAUGGAGGAGUGGCUGCCCAGGUGGAGUCUACUCCUCCGCUGCUGCUUCGUACUCGGCUAAUGGGCUAUCAUCGCCCCCCACACAUGACCACUGAUUACUUCAAAACCCUUCCCAGGGAUCUUUAUUCCAAGAGAAAAUUGUGUCAUAAAAUGACACAGCUCAGACUGCACUUGCAAUAUUAGACUCACCAUAGCUGCUCCCUAUGGAGUCGUGUAUGUAUGUGUGUGUUUGUGUGUGCGUGCGUGUGUGUGCUGUCAUUUCUGUGUGUAGAGAUAAUGAAUCAUCUUGGUGCAAGCAGACACAGGA